AGUCUUCCCGCGAGCAAAGGCCGAAGGAGCGAGGUCGCGCGUCGGAGGUGCGGCGGAGAGAGCCGGAGUUGCAGAGGUCGGGAGGAACGAAGCUCGGCGCUCGGGUCUGGAAAAGCUCCUGUCCACCAGGCGCGCCCCCGUGACCCGAUUGCUUCCCGGCGCCCCUCGCCACUGCCUUCAGUGGCUGUGCCUCUGCGGAGCCCGUUGUCUUUGGGGGUCUCCCGCAUCGGAGCCGGGCGGAUGCCGCCGCAGCAAGAAGGAGAAACCGGCUACAUCAGCAAGCCGCUGCCGGGCGGCUGCGAAGUGCCUCCGGUGCCUCCGCGUCGGGUCCGCAGCAGCCGAGCGGCGGCGCUGGGGGCUGCCUUGGGGAGCCGCUGCCGGGCCGGAGCUAGCGGGGGGGCCGGAGCGGUCGGAGCGGAGCCUCGGCGCAGCAUCAAGUGUGUGCUGGUGGGAGACGGCGCGGUGGGUAAAACCAGCCUGGUGGUGAGUUAUACCACCAACGGCUACCCGACGGAAUAUAUCCCUACCGCCUUCGACAAUUUCUCAGCUGUAGUGUCUGUAGAUGGCCGGCCAGUGAGGCUCCAGCUCUGUGACACAGCCGGGCAGGAUGAAUUUGACAAGCUCCGCCCACUGUGCUACACCAACACAGACAUCUUUCUGCUGUGCUUCAGUGUCGUGAGCCCUUCAUCUUUCCAGAAUGUGACCGAGAAAUGGGUUCCUGAAAUCCGAUGUCACUGCCCCAAGGCCCCUAUUAUUCUCGUUGGGACCCAAUCGGACCUCCGGGAAGACGUCAAAGUCCUAAUUGAGCUUGACAAAUGCAAAGAGAAGCCUGUGACGGAGGAGGCCGCAAGGCUCUGUGCUGAGGAAAUAAAAGCUGCCUCUUACAUUGAGUGCUCCGCUUUGACUCAGAAAAACCUCAAAGAAGUCUUUGAUGCAGCCAUUGUGGCUGGCAUUCACUACUCUGAUACCCAGCAACAGCCAAAGAAAUCAAAAAACAGGACUCCGGACAAAAUGAAAAACCUCUCCAAGUCCUGGUGGAAAAAAUAUUGCUGUUUUGUAUAGUUCCUUUUGCAAAGGCCUUGGAAAUGGCAGUCUGAUCACUGAGGGUGGUUUGAGGUGACCUUUGCUAUUCCAGAGUGCACAGAUAAGUUCCACCACUGAACAUGCUGCUAAAAUCAUCCCUUCCUGUUGGAGAUGGGGAAGAACAUGAGCUGACCAGCUGAGGUCGACCAAACUGAGGGCUUUCCCCGCUAGCGGUAGUUCCUUCCUUCCUUCCUUCCUUCCUUCCUUCCUUCCUUCCUUCCUUCCUUCCCUCCCUCCCUCCCUCCCUCCCUCCCUCCCUUCGGUGAAACUGAAAGUUGAACCAUGAAUUGACUGUAUACAGGUGUAGGAAGGGCCAGAAUCAAGGCUUCUGCUAAGAAGUCUACGUGACAACUGUGAGGACUGCCAUAUAGUCAAAUUCAGUUUUUCAGGUGGAUAUAUAAAACUGCCUCGUAUGACACUUGGCUCAAAAAGGAGAUUUUCCUUCUCUGCAUUUUCAGUCUUGUAGGCUUCAGGAAUAAUACAGCACAUUACUGAAAUGUACAUUGUGUUGCUAAAUUAGCAGAAUCUGCACAUGAAUCUCAUACAUUUUUCAUAAAAUAAUAUGCCUACUUCAUGCACAAUGUGGGGAUGUCAUAAAUUGAGCAGCUUUGCAAAAUUGUAUCUUCCUUGUAUACCCCUGAUUGACAGAUCCCUUUUACACCAUGAAAUGUGCAUGCUUGUUGACCUGGAAAAAAGGGAGAGAAAAUCGUAUUUUGAAUAGCACUGGGCUUCUAUUUAUAGAAAAUCUAUGACCGUUCAUUCAAAGAUGCACCAAAUAUCUGCAGAAAUGUGGCACAAAAUGUAGAUGGUGGUCUUGCUGAUUCCCAAUCUGAUGCCCAUCAGUGCUAGCCUCUCAAUUAUAGACUAUAAUUGGUCAAUUAUAGUCUAUAACAAGAAUGGUUCUAAGAUGGGGAAGUCUUGUCUAAAUUCAUGUGGAGACAUUUUUCUAUAAGAUAAUCUCUCAUUUUAGUCUUCUUCUCUGAGUCGGGUAUCACAAUACCUGUGUCACUGAAACAAUAUUUGCUAGUGUAAGAUAAACUGGAAUGAGAAACAAUUAUCUGUUCAAAAUUCCAGGAAGUCUUAUUUUUUUGAAGUCGGGAAAUUUCAUCUAAGUAAAUGUGUAUAGUAUUGGGAAUUGACUUUCAUUCAAAAGAUGCCAAAUCUUUUUCUGCCAAUGUUUGUAGCAAUAAAUGUUUUUAAAAUGAUGGCAAAUGCUGGUUUACCAGUGCUUAUAACUACUUGGAUGACAUGCUUUUGUACAAGUUUUAUUUGGUCUUCCAUAUCUUGAAUGAACCGAACAUUGGCUAAAUGCCACAUAUUUUGGUGGCUUAGGUCAGUUUUUAAGACCAUGCAAAGAAAAACAAAAGCAAAAUGGCCUUUCCUUGCAAUAGAUUAAACUAAAAUGUGUCUGAACUGUUGUAGAUUUAUUAUUUAAUUGCACAUCUGUUUUGGGGCUUCCUGUUCUGAUUAAGUAAUGCAAUACAGAGAUUAAUGUUAAACUAUAAUUGGGCUACUUUAGGAGCUUGAUUUUUCUGUCUAAUUUUCCUUCUUUGCUUUUAAUGUAGCCCUUUGCAUUUAUAAUAUGAUCAACCUGUGUUUGAACUUAAGAAAUCAUACUUUAUCGUUCCAGGAUGAGUCUUGGUCUCAAGUGUUCUUCCACGUGGCUCUUUUAUUAUAGAUAGAUAUAUUCAUGACCAAAAGUAUUAACUUUCAUUUUUAAACUAACUACAUUUCACCAUAAUGCCUGAAUAUGGGAAUUGUAAUUUUUAAAAGCAUAGUUUUAAAAGCCAGGAACAAAACGUUGUUGCUGAUCUAUGGCUGGAACGGAUCAGAAUUAUUUUGUCUAAAAAAAAUCACAGUACAACUACAUUUACACAACGUGGCUGUUGCCAACCAUAGCCUAGCAAUGAAUGAGUCAUUGGCUUCUUGCCCUGCUACAAACCACCAGCAAUUUAUUUUGCAUCACCUGCAUUGUGCAAGUUUAAUAUGACAACUACCUCCUAUCAGAUGCCAGAGAGAACCAAGACUGAACCAGGGUCGUAGAGGCUGGAUCACGUGACUGUCCCCAGCAAGAAUGUCCACAUCACACUGAACAACUGUUUUAUGAAUAGCAGGAUAGUAAUUUGGCAUCCAUUAUCUUCUACAUUUAUUUUACCACCAUACAGAUCAUCUCAUGCUGCAGUGUGGUUUUGUUUGUUUUGGACGUCAUGUGAUACAUGAACAGAGCCAUUUGGGCUAAGGGUUUUGUAUGAACUAGGCCAUUAUGACUUGUUUAAGAAGCCACAUUAAAGGUUGUUUAACAAACCAUAUUGUGAUUUAGCAUGAUGCAUGAAUUGCAGCUUUGUAAUCAGAGGCCUAUAUCAAAUGAUAUUCUAUGCAUCUGAUGAAGUGGAUGUAAUUGGCAAAAUUUUAUGCAAGAACAAAUCAGGUAAUUUUUAAAUCCCAGAGUAUCUUUGUGAUUAUGCUACAGGAAACUACCACCCUACAGAUAUGGAUGCUGGCUUGUUUCUACUAACUGUAGUGUUGAGGUUUGAUAUCAGAGGAACUGUAGAUAAUUGAUAUAAAGCGGAUGCUUUGAUUGCCUCCUGACACAUAAACAUUUCUGUUGGUACUUCCAAGUCCUGUUGUGUCUAAAUCGGCCUCACUGGGUCCAUAGCUAUAGCAUGGGAAGGUUUUAUGUGAAGCCCAAUUAAUAAAACUGACGUAAGAGCCUAGAGGAUGGCUACCAAAUU